CAAGACAGCGAGGAGGGACCAACCGUGACAAUUUAGUCUUUAAACGUUUUUUUUUUUUCAGUCUCUGCAGUGUAUGAAUAGCAUUAUCCGCUACUGGAUUUUUUGAAACGGGAAGCACGUUUUACCACAACCCAAGACAUCAUCUUUAGAAACGGUUAGGUAGCAUUUCAGUGUAAAUCACUGACUAAUGGCAGACCUUUCUGAAAUAAUGUCAAAGGAGUUUACAAAGAAUACUUUGGCUGGCAUGAGUCACCCAGACGAGGACUCUGAGAUUCAGAGUGCCACUGAGAAGAAACCAGGCUCACCUGUAUCCAGCUGUGUGAAAAGUGACCAGUCAAAAGACCCUCCUUACAACUUCAGAGAGAAAAAAUUACCUACACAGGAAAGGUUUUUACCUGAAACAAAAGAACCUUUACCAGAUUCACCAGUUCCAAGUGACCACGAAGGUUCAAGGAAGUUUCAGGAACAUCUAUUCCAUGUCUUUUCUAAUCUGGAGAAAAAAAUUAUUGUAUUUAUCAAGCAUGAACUGGAAAGAUUCAAGAAACUUCUGAGAAAAGACAAUACAAGUUACUAUGAGGAUUUAACCGAGGAUUGGUGUGGUGCUAAAGAGGGUACUCUUAAUAUCGUUCUGCACUUUCUAAGGAAGAUGAAGGAAGAUAACAUUGCUGAUGCACUGGAGACAAGUGAGCUGAUUGUGAUUCGUCAGUGCGAACUCAAGUCAAAUAUGAGGAUAAAGUAUCAAAGGGUCAUUGAAGGAAUAGCACAGAGAGGUGAAUAUAAACUCCUAAAUGAUAUCUAUACAGAUCUCUAUAUUACCGAGAGUGGAAAGACUGGUGAUGAAACUGAGAUGAAAAUUGUGGAAGCAUCAAAGAAUCAAGAAACAUCAGAGACACCAAUAAAAUGCAAUGACAUGUUCAAGCGAUUAACCGAACAAGACAAACCUAUCAGAACUAUGCUAACACAAGGCAUUGCUGGUAUUGGAAAGUCAUUCUCUGUGCAGAAAUUCAUUCUGGAAUGGGCUAAAGGAAGUAGAAAUCAAGACAUCAAGUUCAUAUUUCCCCUUCCAUUCCGGGAGCUGAAUUUGAAGGAGGGUAAACACAGUUUGAUGGAAAUUCUAAACCAGUUUUUCCCACAGACAAAAGGACUGAGAUUUAGAGAAAAGUACAAGGUCAUGUUUGUCUUUGAUGGUCUAGAUGAAUGUCGACUUCCAUUGAAGUUCAAGACAAAUGAGUCUUGUUUUGAUGUCACACAUCAAGCAUCACUGGAUGUUUUGCUGACCAACCUCAUCAAGGGAAAUCUCCUUCCUUCAGCUCUCAUCUGGAUAACCACCAGACCUGCAGCAGCUGCUAAGAUCCCUGCUGAGUUCAUUGACUGUGUGACAGAGUUACGCGGCUUCAAUGAUGAGCAAAAAAUUGAGUACUUCAGAAAAAGGAUCAGUAAUGAGAACCUGGCCAACAACAUCAUCGAUCACAUUACAGGAUCAAGAGUCCUCUAUGUAAUGUGCCACAUUCCAGUAUUCUGUUGGAUUUCAUCCACUGUAUUAGAGCGACUGAUGGAAGUAAAAAAGAGUGACACCCCCAAAACACUCACACAAAUGUACAUACGCUUUCUGAUCUUUCAAACCAUGCAACAAAAUUAUAAGUAUGAUGAUCAUGAUGAACAUGCUUUAGACAUACCCUGGGAUAAAAAGGGCUUCCUGGCACUGGGAAAACUGGCUUUUGAACACUUGAAAAAAAACAACUUUCUCUUCUAUAGUCAUGACCUAAGCUCGUGCGACAUUGACAUCAAUGACAUGUCUGUGUACUCUGGAGUGUGCACACAGGAGACUGGAAUGUUUCUGGGGACAACGUACAGCUUUAUGCAUCUGAGCAUUCAAGAGUUCAUUGCUGCAUUAUAUGCAUAUGUUUCUGCUGACAACGACAAAAAGAAUGUUUUCCUCGAUCAGAAUGAAGCACAGAGAAAUGAAAAUGAAGCUAUGAUUGGCUUACUCAAGACUGCAAUUAACAAGGCAAUGGAGAGUGAAAAUGGACACUUGGACCUUUUCCUUCGCUUUCUCCUGGGCCUCUCACUAGAAUCCAAUCAACAUUUCAUACGAGGUCUGUUGACCCAGGAAAAAGGCAGCUCUCACAGCCAACAGGAAAUAGUUGAUUACAUCAAGGCAAAGUUUGAAGAAGAUUCCUCUCCAGACAGAACAGUCAAUCUGUUCCACUGCCUGAAUGAACUGAAUGAUCGUUCUCUAGUAAAUGAAAUGCAAAACCAAAUCAAAGAAGGAAAGUUGUCAAUGACAGAGCUCUCACGUACACAAUGGUCAGCUCUUCUCUAUGUUUUGCUGACAUCAGAUGAAGAUCUCGACAACUUUGACUUACGGAAGUUCGUAAGCUCAGAAGAAUGUCUUAGAAGGCUCCUGCCAGUUGUAGAGACUGCCACAACAGCUUGGCUCAAUGAGUGCAACCUAACAGAGGGGAGUUGUAUGGACUUAGUCAAGAUUCUCAGUUCAGUUUCGUCUAAAAUGAUUGAGCUGGACAUGAGCAGCAACACUCUUCAGGAUUCAGGAGUAAAGCAGCUCUCUGAAGGACUGAAAAGCCCAAACUGCAAACUGGAGAUACUGAGGCUCAAUAACUGUGGCCUAACUGAGGAAAUCUGCUCAGUUAUAGCCACAGUUAUCAGCUUAGAGUCUUGUACAUUGAAAGAGCUGGAAUUGAGUGAAAACAAUCUACAGAAUUCAGGAGUGGAGCAGCUGAUGGUUGGACUGGCAAAUCCACAUGUUCAACUAAAAAUACUGAGGUUGUGUAAGUGCAGCAUAAAAGAGGAAGGCUGUUCUGCAGUGGCUUCAGCUCUGGCAGCCAACCCCUCACAUCUGAAAGAGCUGGAUCUGACUGGCAAUAAUGUAGGAGUCUUGGGAGUGAAAGUCCUCUCAACUAUACUAAACAAUUCUUGCUGCAAACUGGAAACACUGAAGCUUUCAGACUGCAGUAUAACAGGGGAAGGAUAUUUUGCUUUGGCUUCAGCUUUGAAAUCAAACUCAUGCCUGACAGAGCUCGAUCUCAGAGGGAAUGACCCUGGAGAUAAAGGAGUUAAGCUGCUUACUGACUUAGUAGAGGAUCAAUCGUCUACAUUCAAAACACUGAGGCUUUUGAAAAGUCCUGAUGCAGAGGAAGCCCAUGUUUCUCUCACUAAACUUUUAAAUACAAACCCGUUAUUGUUGAUUGAGCUGGAUCUAAGUGCAAAAAUACAAAGUCAAUCAGUCGUGAAGAAGCUUCCUGCUCUACUCGAGGAUUCACACUGCAGGCUGCAAAUACUUAGGCUAAAUAACAACAACAUUAGUGAGAAAGACUGCUGUGCUCUGGUAUCUGCUCUUUGUUCAAAUCCCUCAUACCUGAGAGAACUGGACCUGAGUUUGAAUACAUUAGGGUUGUCAGGAAUGGAGCGGCUAAAUUCUUUUCUGGAAAAUCCUCACUGUAUACUGCAAAAGUUGGGGCUCAAGAACUGCAGUAUAACAGAGGAAGGCUACAGUGCUAUGGUGUCAUCUCUGGAAAAACACACUCCACAACUAAGAGAGCUGGAUCUGGGUGGAAAUAAAAUUGAAGACUCUGGACUUAAACAACUUUCAGCUUUACUGAAAAAUUCAAGCUGCAACUUGACAAAGCUGAAACUUUGCAACUGUCACAUUACAGAGGAAGGAUAUAAAGCUCUGGCUUCAGCUCUUGAGUCAAACCCCUCAUCACACCUGACAGAGUUGCAUCUCAGAGGGAAUUACCCUGGAAAGUCAGGAGUGAAACUGCUCAAAGGUUUACUAGCAGAUCCCAACCAUAAACUGAAGAAACUCAUGUUGUUGAAUCCUGAUGCAGAGGAAUCCUGUUCUUUUCUGGCUCAGGUCCUAGAUACAGAUCCCUUACUGCUGACAGAAAUGAAUCUGAGUGAGAAAAUACAAGGAAACUCAGAUGUGAGGAAACUCUGUACUUUCCUGCAAGAUUCACACUGCGGACUGCAAAAACUUAAUCUUUCAGAUUGUUCUGUAACAGAGGACGGAUAUAAAGCACUGGCUUCAGCAUUGGAAUCAAAACCCUCAUGUCAGCUGACAGAGCUGGAUCUCAGAGGGAAUGACCCUGGAAAAUCUGGCGUGAAGAUGCUUACUAAUCUACAAAAUGAUCCAAACUAUAAACUGGAAAAACUGAGGCUGUUGAAGAGCCCUACUGCAGAGGAAGCCUGGGCUACUAUUGUUUCGUCUACAGGGGACAACCCUUUACUACAGACUGAACUGAAACUGAGCAAGAAUACAGCAGGACCUUCAGGGGAUUUCAGAGUAAAGCAGCUCUGUGCUUUACUGCAGGACUCACACUGCAAACUGGAGACACUUCAGAUCAGUAAUGAUGAUCUAACAGAGGAAAGUUGUUCAGCUUUAGCUGCAGUUCUCAGUUCGAAAUCCUGCUGUCUGAAACACCUGGACCUGAGCAACAACAGUCUGCAGGAUUCUGGAGUGAAACAGCUCUGUAAUGGACUGAAGAACUGUAAUGGACUGGAGAUUUUGAGAUUAGCAUACUGCAGUAUAUCUGAGGUUGGGUAUAGUGCUCUGGCUUCAGUUCUGAAGUCAUCACACCUGAAAGAGCUAGAUCUCAGGGGGAAUGACCCUGGAGACAAAGGAGUGAAGUUUGUCACUGAUGCAUCUGUGAAUUGUGGGAGAACACUGAGGUUGCUGAAAAGUCUUGAUGCAGAAAAAGCCUAUAAUGCUCUAGGUAGAAACAUCCUAUUGCAGAAAGAGCUGGAUCUGAGCAAGAAAAAGCCAAGUGCCCUUCCUGUGAAGCAGCUCUCUGCUCUACUGGAAGAUUUACACUGUAGACUGCAGAAACUCACGCUAUAUAAUACUGGCAGUAUUACAGAGGAAGACAUUGCAUGUUUGGCUUCAGCUCUGAUGUUAAAUCCCUCACAUCUGAGAGUGCUGAAUCUGAAUGGGAAUAUCCUAGCCAAGUCAGCACUGAAAGGUCUUUGUGACUUAAUCGAGAAUCCUUGCUGUAAAUUGGAGACACUGGAACUCAGUAACUGUUUAAAAGGGGAAGCUUGUGCAGAUGUGGCUUCAGCUCUAUGUGAAAACCCAUCACACAUCAGAGAAUUGAAUCUGAGUGAGAAUAAACUAGAUGACCUGGGCAUGAAUAAAAUCUCUAUCCUACUAGAGAAUCAGAAGUGUAAACUAAUGAAACUGAUGCUUAAGCACUGUAGUAUAGGAGAAACGAGCUGUGGUUCUCUGGCUAAAGCACUGACCUCAAACCACUCACACCUGAGAGAGCUCGAUCUGAGAGGUAAUGAGCUAGGCGAGUCAGUGAAAAAGCUCUGUGAGAUCCUAAAGGAUUCAAAAUGCAACAUCCAGUUGGAUUCUUCUUGGGUUGAAACAAUAUCAAAGUACUAUAUGUGGUUUAAGCAUAAAAUAAUGAAAACAUCUGAAAAUACUUAUGAAGACAAAGGCAAACACACAGCAGCAGAACAGGAUGAGCAAAGCCAGUUCCUGUCAAAAAAUGAAGAGGGUGUGGCUGGGCAGUCACAUAUGUCCAGUAAAGAGGGUGUAGCCAAAGAGUCAGAUGUUUCCAGAGAGGGUCUCCCCGGGCUGGCUGAAAGAUCUCACGGAUAUCCACAUGAUCCACCUGUACAGACUUCAGAAAGGGGUAUGACUGGGCCCAGCAAGGCCAAAACAACAAAUCAGCACACAAAAGCACAGCCUUGAAAGACACAAAAGUAUUAAGAAAAAAGAAAAAACUAUUAAAUAAUUUGAUCUGUUCUUUGAGCAACAUUGAUUUAUCAUCACUGAAAUUAUACUGACAGAAUUACACAUAAGAUCUUCUGCUUUAGUUGGUGGCAGUGUUGAUGGAAGGAUAGUGUGAACAAUAGGAAUAGGAGUAAGGAUAGUGACCUAGAAAGACACAAUUGCUCUCAGUACAACACAGAUGGUUUAUGGGACUUUGUCAGUUAUAAACAACAAGGGAAGAAACAUUAAAAAAAAUAUUAAUAUUAAUAUAAAAUAAUUGCAACCAAACAAAUUUUGUUUUAAAUCCAUCACAUGAUUUCAACUUCAGCAAAUAAAAUGUAAAUUUUAUUAUGUGACCAAACGUUUUGGUAUCCAGGGCAUGUAAGUAAAAGAGUGCCAUGCUUUGGACCACAUGGUAAAUAGGUGCCAUCAUAAGAUAUCAUGGCCAUCAUGAUAAGUUCAUUUUGCAAUUGAUUUUGUACUUAGAUCCCUUCAAAAAAUUCUGCAUUUAGGUUAAUAUGUUUACUUAUGUUUUAGCCAUUUUAACAGUAGUAGUAAAAAGGCACAAGCUUUGACUAGAUCACAGGUGUAAUGACUAUGAGAAGACAGGAACCAACUUUAAUUUCAGUGACUAGAGUCUGGACCUCAGCCUUGCAAACCCAUGCAGACAUCCACUGUUGAAGUUGAGGUUCUUGCUCAGUUCUGUUCUUGACAGCAUUAACAACAUUCCAAUGGAUGAACAUCUCAGUGUAGAUGAGCAAAUAAUUAUUUCCAAGAGUUGCCCGAAAUUGUACAACCCAAGCAAACCCCAUAAGUGUGGUUACUAGGUGGAUAUGCUCUGUGACUCCAAGGGCAUUGCAUAUAGCUUUCUUACAGGCAAGAUUCAGGCAAUAAAUGGAACACCUGACCUUGGUGCCAACAGCAGCAUAGUCCUGAGAGUGGCAUCCAGAGCAAAAAAGCGCAGGCCUUGAAACAGAAAUGGCAAAGAUCUAAUGCCUUUUCACAAUACAUGCUAACCGAAUGAAAUGAUUUCAAAGUAACAAGGAUCUGAAGACAACAGGUCAUUGAGCUUUUGAUGAAAGAAUAGCCACUUAUGAGGGCAGGCAGCUCAAUGCAAGCAAGUGGCAGAAUAACCUCACAUAAUGCUGAGUACAUUUGCAUGGCACUGUCUAACUUGCACCGUGCAGAGAUGAGACAGGACACGAUUGAGGUCAUAGAUGUCCAUUGUCCAUCCUCUAUUGUGAUAAGAUUCAUUGAUUGCCCUGUACCAUAAAAAGAUAGGUCUCAAAAUGUUCUUUCAUCUCAUGGAUAUGCUUUGUGUAGACGCAUGGCUUGUCUACCACAGAGACUCAUGAAUGUGUCCAAAAAUGCAAAGAAGAACUGUGACAUGGGUGGCACUGAGGAAGCAAGAGGCAAAGUUGAACUAACAUGUUCUUUAUUAUCCAUAAUCCUUGAAGUAGUGAUGACAAGUCUUGGUAGUCUCCAAGAUCGGAGCAGCGUUACACCAACAGACGAUCGUGGUUCUGUCCGCUAAUGCACAGCGCUGUCCCUCCAAACCUGUAGGAAUAUAAAUAGUGUGUAAUGUUAAUGAGCAGCAGGUUUCUCCUGUCAGAAGGCAGGUGAUUGCAAGCGGGGAAGGCAAGUGGUACGGUCCUGGUCUGGAGGGGGCAUGUCCCUCCUGGUAGGGGACCCGUCUACUGUGAUAAGAACUUGAUCUGCGUUUAAGACAUUUGGCCUUUUGGCUAAAGUACUCAUUACAUUACAAAGUAAUGUUGUUAAUUUCAUGUGUAAGGUGUUAUUUUGUUAUUGUGCAUGUAGUAAAAUUAUUUCUGAAUGGCAUUACGACUUGGAACAUCUUUAUUCCUAAUUUAUAAAUGAUGUCCAGCCAAAAUAAAGAUCAAAGAUCCAAAUUCAGAAAAUAAAAUUAAUUGUAUGGAAGCCAA